CGUGGUUUGUUCCGGUAAAAAAUUGGAUUUCGCUCCCUCGAGCGGGGCUCUUUUAGGGCAGUUUAAAUACCACAAAGAGUUAAUAUUCUGUACUUUUUAUAUUUUUCAUGUUUUAAUCAAGUGAAACAAUGAAUCCUAGGCGCAUUUCCUCUGCUUUUUGGACUAUGUGACGUUUGUCUCGGUGCUUAGCACUUAAUCGACUGGCGAAACAAUGCAGGCCUAACAGCAGCAGCUAACUGGAGUUAGCGAAAGCCAAGCCCCGCACUGCAGGCUGCAGAGGGAUUUAAACCUCGACCUGAGUCGUUUUUCAUCGUUGAAUACGCAUCAACUCGGCUAUGAGUUCUCAGCUGCAGGUCUUCUCUCCCCCCUCCAUUUCCUCCAGUGCCUUUUGCCGAGUUAAGAAGCUUAAGGUGGAAAGCAAUGUUUGGGACGUGUCCACCACCGAUGCUUACAGCUCCAUUGCAGGCCAAUCGGCGUACACUUUCACGCCUGCAAUGGCAGUGCCCCCAUUUGCACCCUCUCUGGUCUUCCCCCCUGCAGCCCCAGGAUCCAGGGGUCAAGUGGUGGUGAGGGCAGCAGAUAGCACUGGCAGUCUUCCACGUGGUUCCAGUCGACGUGUCGCUGAGCAAGCAACAUCCUCUUCCUACGUUCACACUGAGACGUCUUCAGAAGUGAGGGGACACAGGCAUGGACAGAAGAGAAAAAUAGAAGAGGCUAAUGAAGGCAGUGGGAGUGGAUGUGGCAGUGUACAGAUAUUGGAGGAGCUUUCAGCUCCAGCAGCAACAUAUUCCAACCGUACUGGGGGAGGUGGGGGAGGAGGCACAGGCCAGUCUAUCCCUCACUCUGCUCCAACAACCAAGAGCAGCAGCUCCAAUGGGGAAGGAGAUUAUCAGCUAGUGCAACAUGAGAUCCUUUGCUCAGUGUCCUGCAGUUACGAGGUGCUAGAGUUCCUGGGAAGAGGCACGUUUGGACAAGUAGCCAAAUGCUGGAAAAGGGGGACAAAUGAGAUUGUGGCUAUCAAGAUUCUGAAAAACCAUCCAUCCUAUGCUCGCCAGGGUCAAAUAGAGGUUGGCAUUCUGAAUCGUCUGAGUGCAGAGAAUGCAGAUGAGUACAACUUUGUGCGUUCUUACGAAUGCUUCCAACACAAGGGUCACACCUGUCUCGUGUUUGAGAUGCUGGAGCAGAACUUGUAUGAUUUUCUCAAGCACAGCAAGUUUAGUCCGCUUCCUUUGCGCCACAUCAGACCCAUUCUACAGCAGGUGGCUACAGCACUAAUGAAAUUGAAGAGUCUGGGUCUAAUUCAUGCAGACCUUAAGCCUGAAAACAUUAUGCUCGUUGACCCCCUUCGACAGCCUUACAGGGUGAAAGUCAUUGACUUUGGCUCAGCAAGUCACGUCUCCAAAGCAGUCUGUUCAACCUACUUGCAAUCUCGCUACUAUAGAGCUCCUGAAAUCAUCUUGGGUUUGCCAUUCUGUGAAGCCAUUGACAUGUGGUCUUUAGGCUGUGUGAUCGCUGAACUGUUCCUAGGUUGGCCUCUCUAUCCUGGUGCCUCUGAGUACGACCAGAUUCGCUACAUCUCCCAGACACAAGGCCUCCCAGCAGAGUACUUAUUGAGUGCAGGCACCAAAACCAACCGCUUCUUCAAUCGAGGCCCUGAUUCUAGCUACCCACUCUGGAAGCUAAAGACACCAACAGAACAUGAAAUGGAAAUGGGUAUCAAGUCUAAGGAGGCCAGGAAAUAUAUUUUUAACUGUCUGGAUGACAUGAUGCAGGUCAAUUUGUCGUCACACUUGGAGGGAACAGAUAUGUUGGCGGAGAAAGCUGACAGACGAGAGUUUAUAGACCUGCUGAAGAGGAUGCUCCGCCUCGAUGCUGACAAAAGGAUCACACCCACAAAAACACUUGGUCACCCUUUUGUUACAAUGAGCCACCUCAUGGAUUAUCCCCACAGUUCUCAUGUAAAGUCGUGCUUCCAAAACAUGGAGAUUUGCAAGCGCCGGAGUUCCUAUGACAGUAGCAAAUCCUUGUACUCCACUAAUGCUGUACCCAAUGCAGCAGCAGGAAACCUCACUGUUACCUUUAGUAGCCAACUCAACCAGCAUAACCAGGUGCCUUCAGGAGGGGGAGCAGUGCCAUUGCUGAACUACCAGCCGGCUCUGUAUCAGCAGGCGACCAUCAACAUUCCCGGGUUGACUCAACAGAGUGUGCCGAUUCCUACACGUCCUGCUGGGCUGUGUAGCCAAACAGAACCUUUUCAGCAAACACUUAUUGUCUGCCCACCCUCCACUAUUCAAGGGCUACAAACAUCCAAUAAGAGUUCCAGUUUCCCUGUGAGGAUGGAGAACUCUGUACCCAUUGUACCUCAGAACCAGUCAGCUCAGUCGUUGCAGAUCCAGCCUAGUAUGCUCACGCAGGGUUCCUGCACACCCCUGAUGGUGGCCACCCUUCACCCACCCUCAGCAGGCAUAGCCCCCCAGUAUUCUCUGCCCUUGGGGCUGAGUACUGGUAUGGGUCGCCCCACUCUCCUGGAACACACAGCCACAGUGCUGCAGGCUUGGCCCACUGGCACCCAGCAGAUCCUCAUACCAUCAUCAUGGCAACAGGUCCCAGGUGUAGCUAUCCACAGCUCUGCCCACCAGACAAAUGUGGCUGGGUCUCCUCUCGAACCACAUAACUCAGAAGCUGCCCCACAGCAGGGACAGAGCUGGAGGAGCGCAACCCAAGCCAGGACUCAGCAAGAGAGGAAGAAGGUAAAGGGGAGACGAGGAGAAAAUAGAAACAGGGGUGUCUCCACCACAACACUCAGCAGUAGAAGUGUGACCCCAUCUGCUUCCACCACUGUGUUGUCCCAGCCAAUCAUCAUCUCUGACACACCCAGUCCAGCGGUCAGCAUCAUCACGAUUCACAGUGACACUGACACAGAAGAUGAGCGCAAGUUUCAUCCAGCCAGUGUCAGUCUGAGCCAGCGCACUAAUGUAAUCAGCUGCGUGACAGUGCAUGACUCUGACUCGUCCACUGCAAGCCCCCUGACACCUCUGCCUCGCACACUUAAUACUGCAAGUACCAUGUCCUCGCGCCAAGUCAAGUCCCUGGCAGUGGUGGCACCUUCAGUGAAAUCCCAGGGCUCUGAGAGAGCAGCAGCUUCACAUGCACGCUUGGAUACUGUCAACUACAUAAAGCCUAAAAGGUCCAACCGACAGCCUUGCAAUUCAGGGGAGAGCCUGGAUCCUCAUAGGCUGAUGCCCAGUCAGUCGCACCCUUUAAACCUCAGCCAGCCAGUGGUCUCUUCAUCUCAGGAGCGUUUAGGAGUGUCCCACAGUGAUUCAUCUCUGCGCCGCCAGCAAACGUUCCCUCAGGCCGUCUCUGCCUCUCAGUACAGUUUCCCAGAGGUCUCAGCGUUGACGUCUGCCUCGGCCGCUGGCUCCAGUCUGUAUACGUACCCAGCCUCCAGCGCCCUUUCCUCGGCUUCUCAGGCUAUGGAGCAACUGCUGGGCCGUGGUCACGGCGGCCAUGGACACUCCCCCUCUGCUUAUGUAGCAACAUACACCUCCAGUGCUUCUACCAGGAGGGACUCGGCCAGUCGCAGGGAUUCGGUCAGCAAUCUGCUGCACGGCCUCCCCACAGCCUACCAGCAUCAGUUUGCAACCGGUUCUCCCUACGUGAGUUUGACACCUCGGGCCGAGGCUUACAGUGGCUACCAGCUGAGUCCCAGGAGGCUGGCACAGUAUCCGUACCUAUAGAGACAGAAUCUGCUUCCCCACACACUGUCACCAAUGGACUGUUAACUGUAUUUCUUAUAGAAUAACCAAUAAUCACUUACCGUUUGCUGCUUUUUGUCCACACGGUAGAAUCUAACUUCCAGCUGUGGACUGUUUUGAGUGUUUUUGAAACGUCUUUUUGGUAUUAUUUGAUAUUAUGCGUAGUUAAUUUCCCCCCUCUCCAACAUAUUGUUAAUGCCCCGGUUUUAUCCCUCUUUUAUCCAGGUGUACAAUUAUUGUUUUGUGUUACAUGUAUUUUACAUCUUGAGAGGAGGGGUUUGUGUGUGAAGAGAGAAUUUUCUCCUGUCACAAAGUUGUAACAACACUUAAAGCUUAACCAAGUUGGAAGAAAGGAAAACUUCAAAUCGUUGUUUUAAAGUUUUACACUAAUUUAGUGAGGUCCUCUGGUUUUAGAAAAUAUAUUACUGUGUGUAUGAUUAAUCUUGUCUGUUUACUCACAUUUAUGUCUUUGACUGUUUUAAAUUAUGUUUCUUCACGUUGAGGUAGGAAGAGAAGUGUCAAUGCUGUUAACUAAGAGAAAGACAUGGUCAGAUCUGUGAUGGAUUCAUGUUAAUUUAAGUGCACAUGUGAUAUGUAGUGAUGUUUAGACAGGUAUAACCAUGUCCUUUUAAAAGAGUAUCUGUAUCAACUAAGUCUUGAAUGUAUUUAUGAAGUAUAGAGACAGUGGCUUCAGAGGAAUGACUUAAUCCUUUUCGUUUUAACACCUUUUUCCCCCAGUUUAGCUUAUUAUAUAUGAACUGAUUACACAUACACAAAUAUUGUGAAACCUGGUAGUCUUGACCUGCUCAUAUUACAAUUUAGAAAUGAUAGGUUUGUUGUUGUUUUUUAAUUAAACAACAUACAACUUUGGAUACACCUGUAAUGAUUUUGACAUGAAUUUCCCACACUGUUGAACACUUUUGAUUAAUGUAUUUCUAUAGAAACAGCUAUGCCCACUUGUGGCCAGUCUGGAAAAGUCGCAACACCAUUUAAUCAAAAACAAAUGUUUUCCACAAUCAGACAGUGACGUAAAAGUGACAAAUUAACAUUUUGUCUGAAUCGCACCAGACUUCUUCUCAUGUGUGUAUGUUUGGCUGGAGAAAGUAAGUAUUUGUGUGGCUUUAAGUUCUUUUUUUUAUUAUUUUAAGUGAAUUCUUCCGAGCAGUGUUGGCAUCAGAUUUGUGUUGUAACGUCUUUAAAUAUUUUACUGUAUUUUAUGCUAAUAUAGUGUAGUUUGAGACUUUGUUUGGUCGAGGUAAAUCAGGGAAAAGGUCUCAGCUCAACAAUCCACCACCACCACCACUGUUUUCAAUAAAGUUUCUCACAAAUUUA